GAUUGAUUGAUUGAUUGAUUUAUCAAUCGGUGGACACAUUUUUACUUCCCUUCUCACUCGUUCUCUCUUUCACACACACACACACACUUACUUUAGAGUUUUGCACUAAACCCAAAUGCAGAUGAAACCAUGGUAAUAGAGAAUUAUUUGAUGUAAGGUAUUUACGACUAAUGAAGAGUACAUUUAUGUUCGAUACAUAUGAUUCAAACUGUAAAUCUGUAACACAAUAACCAAUCAGUCUUGUCACAAGACGUGAACAUUUUUUAUGAACUUCCCUUUUUCCUUUGAUCAGAAAGAAAGAAAGUUGUUUUUCAGCAUCUGUACCACAUGUCCGAGGAUCAACCCGGUUCGCAAUUCCCAUUGUUUAGAACUGUUGACAAACAAGAUAUAGCGGUCAAGGGGUGGGUGUCAAAAGGUCAGAGAGUGAAGAGUGGUCUGUACAGUGGUGUAGCCUUGUAACCUCUCUGUGGGCAUACAGGUCAAAGGCCAUCCCUACGUUGAUUGUUUGGCCGGCGCCGCCAACAGGUACAAACGCGUUUAUAGAGGAAACAUCAUCAGUCACAGCCCUUAGGAUAGUUUAUAUGCUUGAACACUUCCUCACAAACAAACAAAGGUAAGAGACGUGUUGUCACGUGACGAGGCUAAUCCACGGGCAAUACAUUCUCAGACGGUUAGGUCUGGUUCAUGACAAUUUACUAACAAAGCACAUGAAGGUUUUUUUCUGUUUCAAGUAAAUGUUUUACAAAAAGUUUGCCCUGCAGCUUACAAGUAUAAAAGCGAAUAUUAUGGGAUUUAUGCAUCAACAGCCGAUGUCCUAAAAUAUCCUGUAUAUAAACAAUCUUAACGUGACUUGGCUGUUGCACAUUAAUGUAUCACAGUAAGUAAACAGAAAGAAGCAUGUCACUGGCUACAAACACACGCAGUUGGACAGAGAUAAUGAUGAUAGUACCGCUGACGAUAACGAUAAUAAGUUUGAUUAGAAAAUAUACUCAUCGUGCUUCAUGUGACAGUUCACGUUGUAUAAAAAUAGCAAUAUCUCUGAUGUAUUAAUAGCUCCAUUGAAUGCUUUGGUUAGGACACGUGAGCUUUUCUUGUUUUAAGGAGUUUUAAGGAGGUCGUUGAUAAACCGUUUGAAGUGUGGGAAAAGGGCCAAUGACUGAAAAAGCUAAGAUAGUCGGAGAGCUCUGAAGAAUAAUAGAACGCUUGGACCAGUCGAGACGCGAGUGGCUGAGGAUUGAGUCAAUGAGGUUCAACCCCAGGUCGUCACUUGUGGAGGGGUGAAGGUAUUCUACUCGUCAAUCGACUGAUUUUUUUUUUUAAGCCCUGAAGCAGUCACUGAUGAUAGGUUUUGCGACAGAUGCAGUGGUCAGUUUUAAAGAAGCAGGUGACUAGGUGUGUUCCCAUGAGCACUAUCUACUGGCUUGUAACGGGACUUUUAUGCUUCCGGAGUGUGGAUAAUAAGUAUACUGCAGCUUCCACCAGCUGAUUGCAGUUAAUUAAAAGUGACAGCAGGAGAUAACACAGAAGCAGGAGGCGACAACUAACAGGAGCAAGAGGCAGGAAUAACACAGUAGCACCAGGAGACAACAGAUAACAAGAGGAGAGCAACAUUUACAUGUUCUGCUUGCGGUCCCUACGGGGGAUAAAUCUCACCACCUGACUUCGCUCUGAGAGCUGAGCUCUGGUUGCGUCAGUCGUCACGUGACCCUUCUCAGCCUGGCAGUCUGAAUAUUGGUUCUGAGAGCUCAGCCGUUGCAGACUCAAUCACCAGGGCCCGCGUCAGCCAUGAUUCCCGAAGAAUGGCUGUGGAUUGUCGUCGUGGGUUUCAUCGUGUCCUUCAUCCUGGCCUUCGGUAUAGGUGCCAACGACGUGGCCAACUCCUUUGGGACCUCCGUUGGCGCGAAGGUGCUCACUCUCGUGCAGGCGUGCAUCCUGGCCACCAUUUUUGAAAUUCUUGGAGCUGUGUUGAUAGGAUACAGAGUGUCCGACACUAUUCGCAAGGGGAUCAUCGAUGUUCAGCCCUACAACGGCACGGAGCGACUGUUGUUGCUUGGUAACCUGUCGGCUCUUUCAGGGUCUUGCAUCUGGUUGUUGUUAGCAACCUUUCUCCGACUACCCGUGUCCGCCACCCACAGUAUUGUUGGUGCCACCAUCGGCUUCACUCUCGUGGCCAAGGGUUCUCAGGGUGUUGGGUGGAUGAAACUUGGCCUGAUAGUGGCUUCCUGGUUCAUUUCUCCUAUUUCUUCAGGGAUCGUCUCAGUUUUGCUAUUUCUCCUCAUCCAGAAGCUUGUGCUGAAAAAGGUCAAUCAGCUGGACAUCGGUUUGUUUCUGCUGCCAUUUUUCUACUCUGCUACCAUCUUCAUCAAUGUUUUCUCCGUAUUUCAUGACGGGUCGACGUUACUGCAGUUCGACAAGAUUCCUAUCUACGGCGUCGUCAUCCUUUCUGUUGGCAUCAGUAUUAUCACCGGCGUCAUCGUCAGAGUCUUUGUCGUUCCCUGGCAACGAAAGAAAAUUACAGCAAAACUCGAGGAGGAUGCCCGGGCCGAGGAUCACGUGACUCCGGACAAAACCGAGGAGAACUGCGCACUGACUGAGAGUGAUCUUCGUGAUGUCGAUGUCGUCGUCGUCGACUGCAAGCAGAACGGCAACGCCAAAGACCACGCAGAGGAGAAAGGACUCCUUGACAAGAUUGAGAAAGAAAUGGCACAAAAUGGUCAGACGCAGUCAUACAGCAGUGUCAGCUAUGCCACAACCAAUGAAUCCACCGAAUUUAAGGCCGGAGCUUCUAGUGUCGAUGUUAAUGAACGAUUAAUACCGAACGGUAAAGCGACAGAAAAGCAGAAAGGCAGUGGGCUUAAAGACACUGAAGAGAAACUGAAAGCUCGAGAGGAAAUCCAAGACAAACCAGAAACGGCCCAUCUUUUCUCCUUUCUUCAAGUUCUCACCGCUGUCUUUGGAUCUUUUGCACAUGGCGGAAAUGACGUAAGCAACGCCAUCGGACCCCUCGUAGGCUUGUGGAUCAUCGCACAAGAACAGAGUGUAGCGCAGAAAGCGCCCACCCCUAUCUGGGUCUUGGUCUACGGAGGCGUUGGAAUUUCUGUAGGACUGUGGGUGUGGGGAAGGCGAGUGAUCAAGACGAUGGGAGAGGACUUGUCUAAAAUCACGCCGACAAGCGGCUUCUGCAUCGAAGUGGGAGCAGCGCUAACGGUCCUCGUCGCCUCCAACAUCGGCCUCCCCAUCUCCACCACCCACUGCAAAGUCGGAUCCAUCGUCUUCGUCGGUCGCCUGCGCUCCCACGACAACGUCGACUGGUUGCUGUUCCGCAACAUCUUCAUCGCCUGGCUCGUCACCUUGCCCGCCUCUGGAGCCUUCAGCGCCGCCCUCAUGGCCAUAUUCAAAUAUGCUAUCUAGCGCCCUCGUCAUCAUCUGCUCUCUCUUGCUGUACUUUGUCUGCGCAGCUUUGUUUGCACAUGCUUCGGUGCGCUAGCACGGUGCGUCUCCUUGGGAACGCUUUUAUUUCCGCAAAAGUAAGGCCAGAUUGUUUGUCAUAAUUCUAUAUGGCAAUUUCGCUCAUUAUCACAAAAGAUUUGUCAUUUACAUCGCUAGGACUGACGAAUUCCGCGAAGAUUCAGUUUUUUUUUCCAAAUGUGAUUUUCUCUCAUUUGCCCCUCGUCACGGAUGACAUCAUUUCAUCGCCAUUUGGUUCACCCAAACAGACUGACGAAGACCUGUGGGCCGGAAGAUGUCGGGACUUUUGCAACUGUUGAUGAAUGGCGAGAGGAUUCAGUUGUGAAUUUAGGGCUCAGUACAGAAGUGCGCUUACAGUAGAUGAAAUAUUUGUACAAAAAUGUAUGCACUUGUUGUUGUGCUCAGGAAUCCACUUCUCUGGAAUGAACUUGACUCAGUUCUGGCUCAGUUGGUGGUUGUAACCACGAGGGACGGGGCUAUGCUAAGUAUACAGUUUUGCUCAGGACUGUGUGUGCCAGAUUUUUCUGCAAGUUUACACAGAUUGUUGCCAUCAGAUAUAAGUAAUUCGACAUGUUCCUUGAUUUUUAAUAUUGUUAGGUUUUCAUGCUUUGCUGAGCAUUUUGAUGCCACGGUCUGUGCACGCAGCGCUGUACGCACGAGAAAGAACGAGAGAAAGAGAGAAAUAUGGAGAAUGAAAGAGUCGAGACAAUCACUUUUAUGUAUCUUGUGCUGCUUCCACAGCCUCAACAAUGUUAUCUCUCUGUGGAUAAAAGUUUUUCUCUUUCAAUCAUUUCUACAUCGUUUUCUUGUAUCUUUCAUUCUUUCUUCAUGGACACCAACACAGUCCUUCCUUUCCCCCGUCAUAAUUACUUUUGUAUUUCCGACUUUACUAAGGUACCUUCUUAACGAAACUCACUGUCGAAUCCAUCUGCAACAUUGACAAAUAAAUUGUUGUAAGUGGCCAUCAGGUAAAGGCCGCUCUUAACAGGACGGAGUGGAUGAACGCCUGACCACGUUUCGGAAAAAUGCAAGGACGCCUGAUAGAGGGGGACACUUGUGUAAAACCGUUGGUGAACUCAGUCAAACUUUCGUGUUUAUUUAUUUUUUUUUUUUUGUCCGGUUAAAUAAGAAGCAAGAUCAAGGGCAAGGGUUGUGUGGGGGUAUGGUGUUUUUGGUUCGGUUAUCUUUAUUUUUAUUAUUAUUUUUUUAAGAAUUGUUCAUUAGAAAUGUACGAGGGUAGACUUUCGACUGUCUCCACCUGUGCACAGGGACAGAAGUUUCUUUCUCUUAUCAAGAAUAUCCAUAGUGAAAAAAAAUUCUUUAUAUAUAUACACGUACACACAUGUGACAAAGACACGAAUGUUGCUGAUGUGUUGCUCACAAGUGUCUCUUUACUGCUUUUGUCGAAUUUUAACAAAAGUAGCUUUUGUAAAUAACGUUUUUUCUGUGUUCGCUGUUCCAAUGGCAUUUUUCUUUGAAUCCGUGCAAAUAAAAGAUCUAUGAUAUUGAGGUUAUAUGUGACAAUAAGCGCCAUUGGGGAGGUAACUUGAGGGUUCCUUGCUCACUGUUACUUGUUAUGAACAGUGUUCUCAUUCCACUUGCAGUUGUAAACGUUUGUAACUCUGUGGGCGUCCAUUUCUGAAUGAAAGGGAGGGUGAGCUAUAUAUGUAUGCUUUGCAUAAGAGCAUGAUUAUUGGUGAUAUAUGAAUGAAAAGAAAUAAAAAGUAAGAAGUUUU